UUGAACUUCGCUACGCUGGAUUGAGCGAAUUGAAAUAAAUUGAGUUAGAUUCAUAAGAGUUGUGGGCAAUUAUUCAUUUGAACACAUCCUUGUGUAGGGAAUGCAGAGAGAUGAGAGGACAUUGUCUCACUCCAACUGAGGUAGUUGAAACUGCCAAACGCGGAAUCCGCGGCAGAAACUGCCACCGCAAACACGUCGAGGACGGGUGAUUGAGAAAGAAAAAAAAAACCAAUCUCCGACCACCGUAAAUUAAUUUCUUCCAUUUCUCUAAUUUUCCACCAUAGUAUUAUAUUAUUAUUAUUAUUCAUGAUGUGUGACAAAGGCAGCAGCAGCAGUAGCAGCGGGGAGGGUCAUUCAACUUUGCUCCAUGGGAAGUACGAGCUGGGUCGGGUUUUGGGUCAUGGAACAUUCGCGAAGGUGUAUCACGCGCGGAACUUGCAAAACGGGAAAAACGUGGCGAUGAAGGUUGUUGGGAAGGAGAAAGUGAUCAAGGUUGGGAUGAUGGAACAGAUCAAGAGGGAGAUCUCCGUGAUGAAGAUGGUAAAGCACCCAAACAUCGUCGAUCUUCACGAGGUUAUGGCGAGCAAAUCCAAGAUCUACAUAGCCAUGGAGCUCGUUCGUGGCGGCGAGCUCUUCAACAAGGUAGCCAAAGGUCGAUUGAAGGAAGAUCUCGCCAGAUUCUACUUUCAGCAGUUGAUCUCCGCCAUCGAUUUCUGCCACAGCCGCGGCGUUUACCACCGCGAUCUCAAGCCGGAGAACCUCCUCCUCGACGAAGACGGUAACCUAAAAGUCUCCGAUUUCGGCCUCAGCACCUUCGCCGAACACCUCAGGCAAGACGGGUUGUUGCACACCACGUGCGGGACUCCGGCGUACGUGUCGCCGGAGGUUAUUGCGAGGAAAGGCUACGACGGUGCCAAAGCUGAUAUAUGGUCUUGUGGGGUCAUACUUUACGUGCUUCUCGCUGGGUUCUUACCCUUUCAGGAUGAUAAUUUGGUAGCUAUGUACAAGAAGAUUUACAAGGGUGACUUCAAAUGUCCACCUUGGUUCUCUUUGGAAGCACGGAGGCUCAUCACGAAGCUCCUCGACCCGAACCCGAAUACCCGAAUCUCAAUCUCCAAGAUCAUGGACUCGUCCUGGUUCAAGAAAUCGGUGCCCAAGAGCAUGGUGAAGACGAAAGAAGAGCGUGAGUUUUAUUUAGAGGACAAGUGCGAGAAAUCGAAGCAGCCGGCGACGAUGAACGCUUUCCACAUAAUCUCUCUCUCGGAAGGGUUCGAUUUGUCGCCGUUGUUCGAGGAGAAGAAGAGAGAGGAGAGGGAGGAGCUGAGAUUCGCCACCGCGGGGACUCCGAGCAUUGUUAUAUCGAGACUGGAGGAGGUGGCGAAGGCGGUGAAGUUCGACGUGAAGAGCAGCGAGACGAAGGUGAGGCUUCAGGGACAGGAACGUGGGAGGAAGGGGAAGCUGGCUAUUGCGGCUGAUAUUUACGCCGUGACGCCGUCGUUCAUGGUGGUGGAGGUGAAGAAGGACAACGGUGAUACAUUGGAGUAUAAUCAGUUCUGCAGCAAAGAGCUGCGUCCUGCUCUCAAAGAUAUCUUGUGGACUUCGCCUCGUUCUGAGAAUUCGACACCUGCUUGAAUCUCCCAACUCUAGAAUACUAUGUUGUGUGAUUCUCGUUCUUUGUUAUUCUUGUUUAGAAUUAAUUCUUCUCUGUUAUGCCUCUUGUAUCUCUGUCACCCAAUAUGGUAAUUGCCGUAGCCCAUGAUUAAAAAGAGAGAUUAAGAAUCGAAA